AUGUCUGCCUCCUCCAUGUAUGCACAUCAACAGCCGGGCCAACUGGGCUGCAAUGACCGAUAUUCCAAGCUCAGAGGAGCUUGUGAUUUCCGGUCUCCUCCCGAACGCUUGAGUCCUGCCGAAGCUCGAGACGUUCACAUCUCGACCGGCGACAGCCGACCAGCCAACCAGAGAAACCACCAGACUACGCCCAGGACGGACCAUCGAAACGGCUUCCACCAUCUUUCUCACCCUGGGAGAGCGGACGGUGAUGAUCUCCCGUCCAUCAACAUACCAGGAUCUCCUCAGCGAGAUCAGAAGACACUUUCCAGGGUCUCGUUGGUUUACAGCCUCGUCGUUCUUUUCCAGCCUGCCAAUGUCAAUGGAGGCCUCCUCCAAAACUGGGUGGAGGUCGACGCGAGCGCGUACAGCGCCGUUCACGAUAUGGAAUUUGCCCGCAUGACUGUCUGGUUCCGUGGGUUGCAGACCGGGUACUGGAGUACCAACUCAGGCUUGGCAAGAAAAGGCGAGGUCGCACAGAAAUACUACGAGGAUGACGAGUCUUACGACAAACAACACCAUCAGUGA